AUGGCUUCUGAAACCUUUGAGUUCCAGGCUGAGAUCUCUCAGCUUCUCUCCCUCAUUAUCAACACCGUCUACUCGAACAAAGAGAUUUUCCUUCGAGAAUUGAUCUCCAACUGUUCCGAUGCGCUUGACAAGAUUCGCUAUGAGGCUCUUUCAGACCCAAGCAAGCUUGAUUCCAACAAAGAUCUCCGCAUCGAUAUCAUUCCCAACAAGGAAAACAAGACUCUCACCAUCCGGGAUACUGGUAUUGGUAUGACCAAGGCUGACCUCGUUAACAACCUUGGUACCAUUGCCCGCUCCGGCACCAAGCAAUUCAUGGAAGCACUCACCGCUGGUGCUGAUAUUUCUAUGAUUGGACAAUUUGGUGUUGGUUUCUAUUCCGCUUAUCUCGUCGCAGACAAAGUCACCGUCAUUUCGAAGCACAAUGACGAUGAGCAAUAUAUCUGGGAGUCUAGCGCCGGAGGUACUUUCACAUUGACUCAAGACACCGAGGGUGAGCCCCUUGGUCGUGGUUCCAAGAUCAUCCUUCACCUCAAGGAUGAGCAGACCGACUACUUGAAUGAGAGCAGAAUCAAGGAAGUCGUCAAGAAACACUCCGAAUUUAUCUCUUAUCCUAUCUACCUCCACGUCUUGAAGGAAACUGAAACCGAAGUUCCCGAUGAGGAUGAAGGAGAAACCAAGGCUGAAGACGAUGACACCAAGGAGGCUAAGAUUGAAGAAGUUGACGACGAGGAAGAAGAGAAGAAGGCCAAGAAGACCAAGAAGGUCAAGGAAUCCAAGAUUGAAGAAGAGGAACUCAACAAGACCAAACCAAUCUGGACCCGUAACCCAGCCGAUAUCACCCAGGAAGAGUAUGGCUCUUUCUACAAAACUCUUUCCAAUGACUGGGAGGACCAUCUUGCUGUCAAGCACUUCUCCGUUGAGGGCCAGCUCGAAUUCCGUGCCAUCCUCUUCGUUCCCAAGCGUGCUCCAUUCGACCUUUUCGAGACCAAGAAGACCAAGAACAACAUCAAACUCUAUGUCCGCCGUGUCUUCAUUACUGAUGAUGCCACCGAUCUCGUCCCUGAGUGGCUCAGUUUCAUCAAGGGUGUCGUCGACUCCGAAGAUCUUCCGCUCAACUUGUCUCGUGAGACUCUCCAGCAAAAUAAGAUCAUGAAGGUCAUUAAGAAGAACAUUGUCAAGAAGUCCCUCGAGCUUUUCAACGAAAUCGCUGAGGACCGCGAAAACUUCGACAAGUUUUACAGUGCUUUCAGCAAGAACAUCAAGCUCGGUAUCCACGAGGACUCCCAGAACCGCCAGAAUCUUGCCAAGCUUCUUCGCUACCACUCUACCAAGUCCGGUGAUGAGACCACCUCCCUCACUGACUAUGUUACCCGUAUGCAAGAGCAUCAGAAGCAGAUGUACUACAUCACCGGCGAAUCUCUCAAGGCUGUUCAGAAGUCUCCCUUCCUUGACUCGCUCAAGGAGAAGGACUUCGAAGUGUUGUUCCUUGUCGACCCAAUUGACGAAUAUGCCAUGACUCAACUCAAAGAAUUCGACGGCAAGAAGCUCGUUGAUAUCACCAAGGACUUCGAACUUGAGGAGACCGAGGAAGAAAAGAAGGCCCGCGAGGCUGAAGAGAAGGAAUAUGAAGGCCUUGCCAAGACUCUCAAGAACGUCUUGGGCGACAAAGUCGAGAAGGUCGUCGUUUCCCACAAGCUGAUCGGUUCUCCUUGCGCUAUUCGCACUGGUCAGUUCGGUUGGUCCGCCAACAUGGAGCGUAUCAUGAAGGCGCAGGCCCUCCGUGAUACCUCUAUGAGCUCCUACAUGGCUUCCAAGAAGACUUUCGAAAUUUCUCCCCGUUCCGCCAUCAUCAAGGAGUUGAAGAAGAAGGUCGAGCAGGAUGGUGAGAACGACCGCACUGUUAAGUCCAUCACCCAGCUCCUCUACGAAACCUCACUUCUUGUCUCUGGUUUCACAAUUGACGAGCCCGCUGGCUUCGCUGAGCGCAUCCACAAGCUUGUGUCUCUUGGUUUGAACGUUGAUGAGGAGGCCGAGACCACCGAGGAAAAGGCUGAAGAAGCUGCCGCUGCUACUGAGGCCACUGGCGAAAGCGCCAUGGAAGAGGUUGACUAG